AUGUCUCACUUUGACGCUCUCACACCCAGACGAGAACUUCUCCCAUACAAAGGCGACUUUUACCUAUGGAGUUACGUUCCCUCAAUGGCAGCUGCCGUCAUCUUCACCAUGGUCUUUUUCGUGUUAUCAGCAGCCCACACGUGGAAGAUGACGCGGUGUCGCCUCUGGUUUUGCAUUCCGUUCACGAUCGGCGGAUAUAUGGAAGUUGUGGGCUUCAUUGGACGAAUCGCCGCGAACAGUGCAACCGACCAGCUCAUGCCGUACAUCAUCCAAUCCCUCUUCCUGCUCAUCCCACCCUCGCUGUUCGCCGCCUCGAUCUAUAUGACACUCGGUCGAAUCAUGAGAGGGCUUGGGCCCAAGGGCGAGAUGUGCUCCAUUAUCAAAGUAAAAUGGCUCACGACUACCUUCGUGGUCGGAGACGUCUUUUCGUUCUUGAUUCAGAGCACAGGGGCUGGAUUGAUGGCCGCUGGUAACGACCCAAAGCUUGGCGAGAAUAUCGUUGUGGGUGGUUUGGUCAUCCAGAUCCUCUUUUUCGGCCUCUUCGUGGCUGCGUCAGUCAUCUUCCAUCUUCGCUACAGACGCAACAGUGCCAACUGGCCUAGUACAAGACCUGAAGGAAACUUCGACUGGGAGAAGAUGAUUUUGAUGCUUUAUGCGACUUCGGCCCUCAUUCUCAUUCGUUGUAUCUUUCGUAUCAUCGAAUACGUCAUGGGAGCUGAUGCCUACCCUCUAAAGAAUGAGUGGACGCUGUACGUUUUUGAUGCGGCGCUGAUGGCCAUAACCAUGGCUAUCUUUUACAUCUGGUAUCCUUCUCAGAUUCAACAGUUUCGCCCGCUCAGCCAGACAGAGGCUGUUGGUCUCGCCUACCGAGGUGAUUCGAUGGAAGAUCGUCAGACGAAGUGA